AUGUCGUUCCGUGUAAGAAUAAGAGGCUUGCGCUUUUACAGCAAGUACACGUCGGGAAACCAAGGUGUGGAAGGAAGAUUACCACAAAUACACGUCCCCGAGUCAGGUUCAGUCGGGCUUGCCAUAACUGACCCAUACAUCAUCUACCAAAACUACAUCCACAAUGGCAUCCUCCAGAAGGACGAGAGCCAACUCCGUGUAAUGAAGGAGUUUCAGAAACUCUACCACCGAGUAGUCGACUAUACCCCGCCCGAAGAGCUUCUGAUUAAUCUCAGUUUACUCAUCCGCAAGAUCCAACUCAAGCAUGCCAAACACGAAGCACGCGCCCAGGGGUUCUCGCCCUUGAAAUACACCGCUAUUCGGAACUUGUUCAGUAAUGUCGACACCGACAAGAAGGCGUUGAUGAAGUACAUGUCCGAUGAGGACCACUUGCACACGUUCGCUUCGCCCCAGGGUUUGCUCGUGAAUGGUGGGGUCGGCAGUGGUAAAUCGAUGCUUAUGGACAUCUUUGCCGCCUCAUUACCACACAAAUCUAAGAUGAGAUGGCAUUACAACAACUUCAUCCUCUGGGUGUUUAGUGAAAUGCACCAGAUUCAACAGGAGAGAAUGUUAACGAGCACUAUGGGCAAUGGGAAACUGUUGCAGUGCUAUACUAUGGAGAACGAGUUCAUCUUGUACGAGAUCGCCCAGAAGAUGAUCAACAAGAACACAAUUUUGAUCUUGGACGAGUUUGUCCUUCCGGAUAUCGCCGCGGCCAACAUUGUCAAGAUUUUGUUUACAUACUAUUUCAAGUUGGGUGGCGUGCUUGUGGCCACGUCGAAUAAGUUGCCCGAGGACUUGUACUCGAAUCUGUUCCAUCGCAAGAAUUUUACAGGGUUCUUGCUGAUUUUGAAUUCGAGGUGCCAUAGUGUGGAUAUUAAUUCUGAAAAGGAUUAUCGGAGUUAUUUUGCAGCAAACUCGACUACUCAGCCUAACUUAAUCGUCAAGAGAGGUAACGCCCAGCACAACACCCAAUGGAUUGAACUAGUCAAGCAAGCAACUGGUCUGUCGAGUGACACUUCUAGUGUUGGUGAAUUAGGAGGGCGUCCAUCGACAAUCACAGUUUACAAUAGAAAAAUCAAUAUCCCGUUAACCUUCAACGACACUACAGCAUACCUUGACUUUGCUGAGAUAUGUCAGGGAUUACACUCCUCCUCGGACUACAUCACAAUUGCAUCGCACUACAAAACCAUCAUCCUCGAUAAUGUGCCAAUAAUGACCGCAAGCAAGAAGAACGAAGCACGGAGAUUCAUCACUUUGUUAGAUGCAAUUUAUGAAUCGAAGUGCCAGCUUUUCAUUCGCUGUGAAGUUGACAUCGAUCAUCUUUUCUUUCCGGAUGUGCUACACCAGGAUAACACUGAGUUAAUGGAAUACUUGCGGGAGAAUUACAAGGAAGUUACUAGUAACUUGCAAGUGCAGGACGAGGAAAUGUUUGCUAGGACAAGUAUAGACAUGAUGAAUCCAUAUCGUCCCAACGUGAGUACGUACGAUCACGAUCAUACCAAGAGUUACGACGACUAUGAGCAGGUGAACCAGAAGAAUUACAAGAACUUGAAAGCAUUUACUGGUGAUGAUGAGAAGUUUGCUUUCAAACGAGCAGUUUCCCGGAUUAAAGAGAUGGUGAAUUCCGAUGCGUGGAGACGGUUCGAUCGUUGGAUCCCCUUGGAUAAUACCAUGCGACCAUGGGAAACUACUUCUGGCUCGACGGAUCGAAUGGCCACAUCACCAGAAGAAGCUAAUUAUAGAGUAGAUAGAUUCUUGGAAGACCAUCCUAUUAAGGAAUUAACCAAGAAUGAAUUGUUGGAUACGUUUCCCCGAGACUUGUCGGCCAGGAACGGUCUUCCAUUCAGACAGUUCAACGCUAAGGUCGCGCCUAUGUUUAAAAGCUUGCAACAUUUUUGGGCUAUGGGGAUUUGGACUAAGGAACAAGGAGAGCGUGCUAAGGAUGGCAUUGCCAAGAGCUGGAUUAGUUCCAGUAUUAGAAAGUAG